AUGAAUGACGAUGGCGAUAGAGCUCAAUUGAAAGCCAGGUUGUGGGUCCGAGUGGAAGAACGAUUACAACAGGUGUUGUCUUCCCAAGACGUACAAUAUACACCAAAAUUCAUAAACUCAUUGCUAGAGCUAGCAUAUUUACAACUGGGUGAGAUGGGAAGCGAUUUGCAAGCAUUUUCUAGGCAUUCUGGUAGAGAAGUCGUCAACGAGAGUGACCUCAUGUUAUACCUGAGGAAGCAACCCGACUUGCAAGCAAAAAUCAAGCAAAAAGAAUGA